GCAAACUGCCAAGUAAAGGAAGCUUCAAUGCUUUACUUCCGGUCAUAGACCCACAUUUUUCAUGUUUAGUUCUUAUAAACUCGCCAAAAGCCUCAAGCAAGCAGUCACUGAGCAAAAGCAGUUUGAAAGCGAUCUACAAAUCUUUCUGACUUGGGAAUCAGCAAGCAACCUGCCUGAUGUUCCCUUUCUUGCUGUUACUUAUUCUCGGCCGGCAAGCUUUUGGAGCCCAAAGCCAAGAAUGCAACGAUUCAGAGAUGUAUGCAAGAACCUGUCUUAAUUGGAAGAGUUUCUGUAAAAGCCGCUUGCCGGAUUUCACUUUUAUGCAAAUACAUUGCAAAAAGUCAUGCGACCUCUGCCCAGUGAAUGGUGGGUACAGUGCUUGGGAACCAUAUGGAGCUUGCAGUGUAUCUUGCGGAGGAGGCACCAAGACGAGGUCUAGAAAAUGCAAUAAUCCGGCCCCUAAAAACAACGGCAGGCCAUGCACAGGUCCAUCAACUCAAACAGCAGUUUGCAACUCUAAAGCUUGCCCUGGCUCAUGUGAAGAUGACCCUGCUGCAGCAAAGACCUGCCCAUUAUACAAACGUUUCUGCAAAAUCAAUGCAGAAUAUUACAAUUGGAUAUCACUGGUAUUACAUAAAAAAUGCAGAAAGACCUGCGGGUUCUGCAAAACGGUGCAAAAAAAGUGCGGCUUGCGAGGUCUUUCGAAAGGGAAGCCUUUUGUUGUCGGUGGAGUGGUUGCUGAACCUCACACUUGGCCCUGGUCAGUGGCUUUGCUGAAAUUUGGCUUUCACCAUUGCGGAGGUUCCUUGAUAGACAACCAAUGGGUCUUAUCUGCAGCACAUUGUUUUGAAAAUGAUAAACAUCUUGAGGUUGUGCUAGGCGAGCAUGACAGAACACUGGAUGAAGGGUCAGAAAAGAAAGUAAUGAUAGAAAAAAUAUUCAAUCACCCAGACUACAACUCCCAAACAUUUAAUAAUGACAUCGCAUUGAUCAAGUUGAAAGAAAAGGUAGAGCUGAAGUUCACGCCGCUGGGUAUACCUGACAAGAUUGGAGUUGUCUGUCUUCCAGAGGCGAUGAAGAAAGCAAAAAUUGGUCAGAAAUGUUACAUAACAGGUUGGGGCAGAACUAAGUACACAGGCUCAAGCAGCAAUGUACUGAUGGAAGCAGAGAUGCCUGUUGUGACUAACGAGGUAUGCAAGGCGCAAAACAGCCAUAGGGGGGGACUCAAUAUCACAUCGAAGAUGUUGUGUGCUGGAAAUAAGCCAGGCACGCCCCAAAGUGGUUGCUAUGGGGACUCUGGUGGGCCUUAUGUCUGCACUGAGGACGGUGAACACUGGACCCUAACAGGGGUUGUAAGUUGGGGGUCCUCAAUUUGCGAUCGGGCAAAACGAUACACUGUUUUCGCACGUGUGAGCGAAUUCGUUACCUGGAUAGAGAAGACGAAGAAAGCGAACUAGCAAACUGCUGUAAUUAAAAGUCAGACUUGAAAAGUUUUAGAUAUUUAGUCACUUGGAUUGAAGUGUAUUUUCGUAAAUUGUGAAUCGUUACAUAUGACAUUUAAUAACUA